AUGAAUCCUCCCGAUACUCCAUCACCCGGGCUGUCUGUAUACCACGGCGUCUUUACACUGUCUCCUCCCGUGCAGGCUGCGCCUUUCCGAAAUAAAGCAGUUUCUUUUUCUCUACCGGCCACUUCAUGGGAGAAACGGAAUCCAGUGAUUGUAAUUGCUAUGAUGCUGGUGUCUAUCAAUUCCUAUGGCUUUCACUUUUGUUCCCAAGGGGCAGUGACGGAUUGCCUGGACAAUGCUGAAGAACUGUUGGCGGCUGAUCAAGCGUUGGACAUUUUGGGCUUUGUUCCUGAUGAAAAAUAUGGAUCCUACAAACUCAUGGUGGGGGGGGGGCAAGCAAUCAUGCACUUUGGAGACUUGAAAUUUAAGCAGAGAUCCAGAGAAGAGCAGGCAGAGGCAGUUGGCAUUGAAAGUGCUGACAAACUUGCUUACCUCACAGGCAUUAACUCCUCUGAUGUGCUGAAUGCCUUAAUAUAUCCCAGAGUCAAAGUUGGAAAUGAAUUCACAACUAAGGGAGAAACUGAGUCACAAGUAAUGUUUGCUAUUGGUGCCUUGUCUAAGUCAAUAUGUGAUUGAAUGUUCGGGUGACUGGUAUCACACAUCAAUGGAACUCUAGACACCAAGUUGUCAAGACAACUCUUCAUUGGCAUCCUUGAUGUGGACAGACAUGAAGCUUCUGAUAAAAACAGUUUUGAGCAACUCUGCAUUAAUUUCACCAAAAAAUUGCAGCAAUUCUUCCAUUAUUAUAUAUUCAUCUUGGAAUAAGAAGAAUAGAAGAAGAAAGGCAAUGACUAGGUAGCCCUUGACUUUGCUUUGGAUUUAUAGGACUGCCCCAGUCUUAUUGAAAAGCCAGUGGACAUCCUGGUUAUCCUUGAAGAGCAGAGCAUGUUCCCAAAGCCUACAGCAAAGACGUUCAAGACAAAACUCUUUGACAGCCAUCUUGGGAAGUCUUUCAACUUCCAGAAACCCCGGCCCGACAGGAGGAAAUAUUUGGCUCCCUUUGAACUUGUACAUUAUGCAGGAGUGGUGCCUUAUGAUAUCACCAGUUGACUUGAGAAUAAUCAAGACUAUCUUAAUGAAUCAGUGGUAGGAGUUUUUCAAAAGUCUUCCAACAGACUCUUGGUCAAUCUUUUUGAAAACUACGUCAGUACUGACAGCAUUGAUACAAACAAGGAAAAGAAAUUCAAGAAAGGAACUUCCUUCCAGAGUAUAUCAUCUCUGUACAAGGAAAAAAUAAAUGAAUUGAUGACUAAUCUGAAAUAAAUAGUGCCUUGUUUUGUAAGUUGUCUUAUUCCAAUAGGAACAGAGUUCCAGAGGACGGAGGGGAGACCAAGAUAUGGCAAAGCAGUGAUGCUGAGUGACUUUUUUGACCGCAGUCCCAGGGAGUAUCCGACAGCUUUUUUGCCAAUAGACACAGUACUGAAUGAACUCAAGGGUCUGAGAUCAGGCGGUUACAGAUCAGGUCUCAUUUCAAGAAUCAGGCCCUACCUCAGCAAGCCUGGGGGAGGCCCUGAGCCCCAGCACAGGUUGGUGACCGAGGGCCCACAACCCCAGGGCAGCAAUGGGCAAGUGGCCAGCCCUCCCUUGCAGCCUGGUGCAGCAUCAGCCAUGCCCCCCUCCCCCGCCAUGGGUUCCAGUGAAGCACUAGCCACACACCCCCACCCCUGCUCAGUGUGUUUUACAGCUGGCCUCUUGGAUCACCUGGAAAAAAUGAAGGCUGAGAGACUAGCUAAAAUCUUUAUACUAAUCCGAGCCUCAAUAUGAGGCAAAGUGAUGUGGGCCAAAUUCCAGAAGAUUCUGAAACAGAGAGCUGUACUUCUUGUGAUCCAGUGGAAUAUCAGAGUCUUACUGGUUGGGAAGAGCUGGCCCUGAAUGCAGCUUUUUCUUAAAAUCAAGCCUCUUGUGAAGUCUAGGGAAAGUGAAAAAGAGGUGUCUGGGCUUAAGGAAGAGCUGGCAAAGCUGAGCAAAGCCUUGGAGAAAGCAGCAUGUCAGGGGGAGAAAUGCGAAGCAAAGCAAGCCUUCCUUAAUCGUGAAAAGAAUGACUUAGUGCUCCAGCUGCAGGCUGAGCAAGAGACCCUGGCAGAUGUUGAGGAACAGAGCAAUCUGAUAAUAUCCAAGAUCCAGCUGGAGGCCAAAGUCAAAGUGCUCUCCGAGCCGCUGAAGGAAGAAGAGGAGAAAAAUUCUGAGCUGAAUGCCAGGAAGAGGGAACUGGAAGAUGAAUGCCCUAGGCUGAAGAAAGAAAUCGGUGACCUGGAAACAACACUGGUGAAAUCAGAGAAAGAAAAGCACUCUACAGAACAGAAGGUCAAGAACCUGACAGAAAUAGAAUUCCUGAAUGACGAUAUUGAGAAACUUAACAGAGAUGUAAAGGCUACCAAGAAGGCCCACCAGCCCAUAGAUGAAGUGCAAACCAAAAGAGACAUACCCAGCACCCCAAGUAAAGCAAAGUUCAAAAUAGAAUAUCAAGUCAAUGAGCUUGAGGGUGUCUAUGAGCAGGAGAAGAAAAUAAAGAUGGACCUGGAAUGGCAAAAGAAACUGGGGGGUGAUUUAGAUCUAAGCCGGGAAAGUGUCACGGAUCUGGAGAAUGACCGGCAGCAACUAGAUGAAAAAUUAGAAAAGAAAGAAUUGGAAAUAGGCCUGCUGAAUCCAGAUUCCACAGAUGAAAGAAACCUCCUCAGCCAGUUCCAGAACAUGGUAGAGGAGCUUAAGGCUUGAACGGUGGAGUUGGAAAAAGAACUGGAAGGUGAAAAAACAACACAAGCUAAGGUGGAAAAGCAAAGGAAUGACCUGGCUUGUGAGUUGGGAGAGAUGAAUGAGCAGCUGGAAGAGGCCAGGGGCACCAGUCUGGCCCAGAUGGAGAUCAAUAAGAAGAGGGAGGCUGACUUGGUGAGGCUUCGAAGAGACCUGGGUGAGGCUGCCUUUCACUUUGAUACCGCUGCUACCACCAUCAGAAAGAAACACGAAGAGAGCCUGAAGCAGCUGAAGGGGCAGGUGGACAACCUACAGUGGGUCAAGCAGAGCUUAGAGAAAGAGAAGAGUGAGUUGAAGCUAGAAGUGAAUGGCCUGCUGACUAGUGUGGAGCAGAUGGCCAAAGCAAAGUCAAAGGCUGAGAAGCUCUGUAAACUGUUUGAAAACCAAUUUAAUGAAACAAAUGUUAGACUUGAAGAGAUGGCCAGAUUGGUAAAUGAUGUUACCACCCAGAAGUUGAAACUCGAGAGUGAAAAAGAUGGUUUCUCAGGGCAGCUGGAAGAGAGGGAGACUCCAACAAGUGAACUCUCCAGAGGAAAGAGUAACUUCACUCUGCAGAUUGAAGAACUGAGAAGGCUGCUGGAACAGGAGACUGAAUUCAAGAAAGUCCUUGCACGUGCCCUGCAGUGGGCAAAACAUGAUUAUGACCUUCUGAAGGGCCAAUACAGGGAAGAACAGGAGGCCAAGACAAAGCUACUGUGGGCUUUGACCAAGGGGUGUGCAGAGGUGGUGCACUGGAGGACUCACUAUGAGACACAUACUCCCCAGAAGAGUAAAGACUUUGAGGAAGCCAAGAAGAAGCUAGCAUUUUGCUUUCAGGCAGCUGGUGAGGCCAUCCAGGAAGCCAAUGCCAAAAGCACCUCCUUUGAGAAGACAAAGCAACGACUCCGGUUGGAGCUGGAAGAUGUUGUAUCUGACCUGGAGGAGGUCCAUUGUACAGCAGCCUUCCUCGAUGAGAAGCAGAGGAACUUUGACAAAGUCCUUACUAACUGGAAGCAGAAAUACAGUAACUCUCAAGCAGAGCUGGAAGCCUCUCAGAUAGAGGCAAAAAGCAUGAGCAAAGAGCUGUUUAAGCUCAAGCAAGCUUAUGAAGAGAUUACAGUGAACCAGGAGGCUCUGAAAAGAGAAAACAAGAACCUCCAUGAAGAAAUCUCUGAUCUGACAGACCAGAUUAGAGAAGGAAACAAGAACCUGUCUGAGAUGGAAAAGGUCAAGAGAUUGGCUGAACAGGAAAAAUCAGAGGCCCAGGUGGCCCUGGAAAAAGCCGAGGGUGUCUUGGAACGUGAAGAGAACAAAAUUCUUCAUUUUCAAUUUGAGGUCUUGGAGGCUAAAGUAGAACUUGAAAGAAAACUUGUAGAGAAAGAAGAAGAAAUUGAAAACUUGAGGAGAGACCAGCAGCGCACCAUUGAUUCUCUGCAGUCAACUUUGGAUUUGGAAGCCAAGAGCCAAGCUGAAGCGUCUCGGCUAAAGAAGAAGAUGGAAGGGGACCUCAAUGAGAUAGAGGUACAGCUCAACCAUGCUAACCGACAGACAUCAGAGGCCUCCAAAUCUCUGCACACUCUCCAGAUGCAAAUCAAGAACCUACAAGUGCAGUUAGAUGAAGCUACACACCAGAAGGAAAGUUUGAAGGAGAAAGCGAUGGUGGCUGAGAGGCAACAUGCUAUCCUGAAGUCUGAAUUGGAGGAAUUGAAGUCUUUGCAGGAACGGACAGAACGUGGACGGAGAUUAGCUGAACAAGAGCUUCUGGAAGCCACUGAAAAACUGAAUAUGUUGCACAACCAGAAUACAAGCCUGCUCACUCUGAAGAAAAAAUGGGAAACUGACAAUGCCCGUAUGAAGAAAGAAUUAGAAGAUGCAACAGAAGAACGUCACAGUGCUGAAGAAAAAGCUAAGAAGGCCAUUACUGAUGCAGCAUUGUUGUCUGAGAAUUUGAAGAAAGAACAGCACACCUGUGUUCAUAUGGAAAGGAUAAGAAAUAACAUGGAACAGACCAUUACAGACUUACAGAAAAGACUAGAAGAAGCUGAGCAGAGUAUUGUGAAGGGGGGCAGUAAGCAGAUCCAGAAACUGGAAUCCAAGAUCCGUGAACUAGAAAAUAAACUAGAAUGUGAAGUACGUCGGAGUUCUGAGGCCCAGAAUGGAACCCUUAAAUUUGAGAGGUCUAUUACGGAGCUGACUUAUCAGGCAGAGGAAGAUAAGAGAAAUCUAAGUAGAAUGCAGACUCUGAUAGAUAAACUUCAGCUAAAAGUGAAAAGUUACAAACACCAAGUAGAGGCCGUGGAAGCACAAGCCAAUCAAUAUCUGUACCAGUUUAAGACCCAGCAGCAUGAAUUGGAUGAUGCGAAGGAGAGAGCAAAAGUGGCCGAAUCCCAGAUCAACAAACUUAAGGCUAAAGCGAGAGAGAUUGGAAAAAAGGUUUAUGAAGAAGAAUAAACACUCCCUAUUCCAGAAGAACCGGAGACCAGAUGAUUCCAAAAUACCACCAGCUACAUGGCUACCAAUCAGAGCUGAACUUGAAACAAAUGAGCAUUUGGGUAAAGAACAUUGAAAAUUAAAUACCCAAGACCAUCGCUUUCAUAUAAUUUUAAUCACGCUGUUACAUC